AGUCUCUCCGGAUCAGAACACCUCAAGAAACACCAGCAGAGACCCACAGGGAAGAAAUCUCAUUGCUGCUCUGACUGUGGGAAACGUUGCAAAUAUUCAUCAUACCUUAAAAUACACCAGCGAGUACACACAGGAGAGAAACCUUAUAGCUGUGAUCAAUGUGGGAAGAGUUUUACUCAGUCAAGCGCCCUGAAAUCCCACCUAAAACUACACACAGGAGAGAAACCUUUUAGCUGUGAUCAAUGUGGGAAGAGAUUUAUUAAGUCUAGCAAUCUGACAGUACACCAGAGAAAACACACAGGAAAUAAAUAUUUUAGUUGUAAUCAAUGUGUGAAAAGUUUUAUUACAUCUAGAGAUCUGACUGUACACCAGAGAACACACACAGGAGAGAAACCUUAUAGCUGUGAUCAGUGUGGGAAGAGUUUUAUUACAUCUAGCCAUCUGACUAGACACCAGCGAGUACACACAGGAGAGAAACCAUUCCACUGUUCAGAUUGUGGAAAAAGAUUCUCAACUUCACAGAUUUUGAAGAUGCACCAGAAAACACACACAGGAGAGAAAUCGUAUAGCUGUGCUCAAUGUGGGAAGAGAUUUACUCAGUCAAGCUCCCUGAAAUCACACAGUAAACUACACACAGGAGAGAAACCUUUUAUCUGUGAUCAAUGUGGGAAGAGAUUUAUUAAUUCUAGCAAUCUGACAGUACACCAGAGAAAACACACAGGAGAGAAACCUUAUAGCUGUGAUCAGUGUGGGAAAAGUUAUAUUACAUCUAGCCAUCUGACUAUACACCAGCGGAGACACACAGGAGAGAAACUUCACCACUGUUCAGAUUGUGGAAAAAGCUUUUCAACUUCACAUACUUUGAAGAUGCACCAGAAAACACACACAGGAGAGAAAUCUUAUAGCUGUGAUCAAUGUGGGAAGAGUUUUACUCAGUCAAGCUCCCUGAAAUCCCACCAUAAACUACACACAGGAGAGAAAUCUUUUAGCUGUGAUCAAUGUGGGAAGAGUUUUACUACAUCUAGCUAUCUGACUAUACACCAGCGGAGACACACAGGAGAGAAACCUUAUAGCUGUGUUCAAUGUGGGAAGAGAUACUCUGAUAAAAGUUAUCUGAUCAAACAUCAGAAAAUACAUACAUGA